GGCGGUGCCGGCGGCGGGGGCGGGAGGGGGGUGGCGGGGGCGGCUCCGGUUCCCGCUGGGCGGGGCAGGCGGCGGGGCCGCUCCCGGGGCUGGCACCGAGCGGAGCGGCCGCCGGUCGCGGCGGAGCGAUGAUCCGCAGGGAAGACACCGAAAAGGCAGUGGAAAUCCUUACAAGAUACCAAAGCACCCUGCUGUCCCCAGAGGAACAGGAGUUAAAAGCCUCCAUCGGAAAGAUCUCGCACAUCUUCCAAAGUGAACUAUUCCAGGCUCUGCUGGAUAUCCACGAAUUCUACGACUUCACGUUGCGCUCUGCACCCCUGCAGCCUCCCGGCCCGGACGCGCAUUGCAGCACAGCCCGGCAGCAGCAUGGGGCCGGCAAGCCCGGCUCCUCAGACACCCCCAGAGAGCCCCAAAAUCUCCCCGAGGAUCCAGCCGAGGACGGUGAGCGGAGGCUGCCCGUGGCCACCUGCGGCACGCCAGGGACCCCUCCGCGGCUGGUGAGGGUGACAGCCCGCAGGACGGAGGCACCGACCAGCGUCUGCAGCCUGGUGCUGGGCUCCCGCAGCGCCCUGCCCCAGGCCAACCCUGCUCCCAUUAUCGUCAACACAGACUCGCUGGAACAAGGGCUCUCUGUGAACGGCAGCGAUGGGAUGUUUAAAUACGAGGAGAUCGUCUUGGAAAGGGGUAACUCCGGCCUCGGCUUCAGCAUAGCAGGAGGGAUCGACAACCCCCACAUUCCAGAUGACCCGGGCAUCUUCAUCACCAAAAUCAUCCCCGGGGGAGCGGCAGCCAUGGAUGGACGUUUGGGGGUGAAUGACUGUGUGCUGCGAGUCAACGACGUGGACGUCUCCGAGGUGGUGCACAGCAAAGCCGUGGAGGCUCUGAAGGAAGCGGGCCCCGUGGUGCGGCUCGUGGUGCGGCGCCGGCAGCCCCCACCGGAGACCAUCAUGGAGGUCAACCUGAUGAAGGGACCCAAAGGACUGGGCUUCAGCAUCGCAGGGGGCAUCGGGAACCAGCACAUCCCCGGGGACAACAGCAUCUACAUCACCAAGAUCAUCGAGGGAGGCGCUGCCCAGAAGGACGGGCGCCUGCAGAUCGGGGACCGGCUGCUGGCGGUGAAUAACACCAACCUGCAGGACGUGCGGCACGAGGAGGCGGUGGCCGCCCUGAAGAACACCUCGGACAUGGUGUACCUGAAGGUGGCCAAACCCGGCAGCCUGCACCUCAACGACAUGUACGCGCCCCCCGACUACGCCAGCACCUUCUCAGCCUUGGCUGACAACCACAUAAGCCAUAACUCCAGUCUGGGCUACCUGGGCAGCGUGGAGAACAAACCUGCCUACACCGUCCCCCCGCAAGUGACCCCCUCCAGGUACUCGCCCAUCCCUCGGCACAUGAUUGGGGACGACGACUUCACCAGAGAGCCCCGGAAAAUCAUCCUGCACAAAGGCUCCACCGGCCUGGGCUUCAACAUUGUCGGGGGGGAAGAUGGAGAGGGCAUCUUCGUGUCCUUCAUCCUGGCCGGAGGCCCUGCCGACCUCAGCGGGGAGCUGCGGAGGGGAGACCGCAUCCUCUCGGUGAACGGCGUCAACCUGCGCAACGCCACCCACGAGCAGGCAGCAGCGGCGCUGAAGCGGGCGGGGCAGACGGUGACCAUCAUCGCGCAGUACCGGCCCGAAGAGUACAGCCGCUUCGAGUCCAAGAUCCACGACUUGCGAGAGCAGAUGAUGAACAGCAGCAUGAGCUCUGGCUCUGGCUCGCUCCGGACAAGCGAGAAGAGAUCCCUCUAUGUCCGAGCUCUGUUUGACUAUGACCGGACCCGGGACAGUUGCUUGCCCAGCCAGGGCCUCAGCUUCUCCUACGGGGACAUCCUGCACGUCAUCAAUGCCUCAGACGACGAGUGGUGGCAAGCCAGGCUCGUGACACCCCAUGGCGAGAGCGAGCAGAUCGGGGUCAUCCCCAGCAAGAAGAGGGUGGAGAAGAAGGAGAGGGCGCGGUUGAAAACGGUGAAGUUCCACGCCAGGACCGGCAUGAUAGAGUCCAACCGGUCGAUCAAAACGAAACGUAAAAAGAGUUUCCGCCUCUCUCGAAAGUUUCCAUUUUACAAGAGCAAAGAGAACCUGGCCCAGGAGAGCAGCGGACAGGAACAGGGCGUGACAUCAAACACCAGUGACAGCGAGAGCAGUUCCAAAGGACAAGAGGACACUAUCCUGUCAUACGAACCGGUGACACGGCAAGAAAUUCACUAUGCGAGGCCAGUGAUCAUCCUGGGGCCGACGAAGGACCGAGUUAACGAUGACCUCAUCUCCGAAUUCCCACACAAGUUUGGUUCCUGUGUGCCACACACCACCAGGCCUCGGCGCGAGAACGAGGUGGAUGGGCAAGACUACCAUUUCGUCGUAUCCCGAGAACAGAUGGAGAAGGAUAUUCAGGACAAUAAGUUCAUAGAGGCCGGGCAGUUCAAUGACAAUCUCUACGGGACCAGCAUUCAGUCGGUGCGGGCGGUCGCAGAGAGGGGGAAACACUGCAUCCUGGAUGUAUCUGGCAAUGCUAUCAAGAGGUUGCAACAAGCACAACUUUAUCCCAUUGCCAUUUUCAUCAAACCAAAAUCCAUCGAAGCUCUCAUGGAGAUGAACCGGAGACAGACGUACGAACAGGCCAACAAGGUCUUUGACAAAGCCAUGAAACUCGAGCAAGAAUUUGGAGAGUAUUUUACAGCCAUCGUACAAGGAGACUCUCUUGAAGAGAUUUACAGCAAAAUCAAACAGAUCAUUGAGGACCAGUCCGGGCACUACAUCUGGGUCCCGUCCCCAGAGAAACUCUGAAGAUGACCCCCACCUGCUUCCCUGUAAGCAGAAGACCUCUGAAAUCCCACCCCACCCGAGCCCUCUGCCCCAAGGGGGAGGAUAUGAAAACUAUUCCUGCCCCCUUUUUUAGAUCGUCGCAAAAUUGAGUUUUCUAGUCCUGUUUCUUUUGUUGGGAUGAACUGAUCUCAUUCAUCAUGUGACUGUUCCUACCAUUCCUGCAUGGACCUUCCCACUGCUCCAUUAGAGACAGACGAGAACCCAUUCAAGAGUUGUUUUUUAUUAUUAUUAUUAUUAUUAUUAUUAACUAAACCAAGAAUCAAGAUGGGAGGAGGCGGCUAAGGACUAAUGUAAGAAACAAGUGAAACAACGGACUCUGAGAACAUGAGCUGGUAUCAGAGCUCCAGGGGCAUUUUUCCAAGUGUGACUGUCUAGCAGCUCUGAACAGUGCGACAGAAAGGCAGCAGAAGGCAUUUUAUUUAUCUGUAUAUGUAAUUUAUAUAUAAUAUAGAGAAAGAUAUUAUAUAUAUAUUAUAUAUAUGUGUGUGUGUGUGGACUAGGAAACCUGAGGGACCUCUUAAAAGGUACUGUAUCACUGCAAGGAUCUUUCAGUUUCUUUGUCCCAGCCGCUGGGCACAGGGAGUCCACUUGGGCAGGAAGAGAUGAAGCCGGUACCACGUGCUUUGGGAGCGUCUCCCGUCCGCGCCGGCCUCCUGCCAGCCACCCCAGGCCUGUGAGCAGAGCAGAGACCGGGACGCUGCGUCUGCAGAAGGGACCAGAGGUCCGGAGCGACCCAGCAAGGAGCAGCGGCCGCUGAGCUGGGUGAGGCCGGGAGGCAUUGACUGAGCAGGAGGCUGCAGAGCAAGAGAAUGGCUGAUGCUACAUAUUAAAUUGCACAUUGUUUUACACACCACCGUACGUGUUUGCAUGAGAGGUUUCCUUUUGGUUCUAUUUUUUUAAGCUGAUGUUAAACCAAAACCAUAUUGUGUUGCUGUGUUGGCUUUUUUUUUCAUUAUCCCAUUUUUUUUUUUCUCUUGUUAAUAAUGAACUGAACGGGUAUAAAAUCCAGUUUUUUAACUUAUUUUUUAAGCUGGCUCUAUUGUAAAUAGAAUCUAGACCUGCGGUGUUUAGUUAGGAAAUACUCUACCAGCCACAUGAAACAAAUGUACUCGCUGUCCUGUGUUGCUGUGGAAAACCUGGGAGAGGGGCUGGCCCUGCACCGGCGGGCACAGGCGCAGGGAUUCUGGCUUGUGGCAGCACGCUGGCAUUAGCCACUGACAGGAAAAGCCCCCGGCUGUGCCUUGGAUGGACGCUCACGCUUUUCCAGAUCAGUAACAGUUGAGCAGCAACAGAAAAGCUCCCUGCCCCCCUCCCUGCGUGCCAAAUUCACCGCUCUGCUUCCUGUGCGAGCGGCCGUGGCCUUGCCGGAGGAAGGGCCAUGCUCCCUGUGCUGUGAGCUGGGGACAGGCAGGGAAGGGAGAACCUCGCCUGGUUCUGCCCCUGACACCUUUGCAGGAAUCCUCUAACUGAAAUUGGGCUCUGCUCCCUGGCUCAAGUUCACCUUGGGAACCUGUCCUGCCGUGGGGACGGGGCGAUGCAGCCCUGCACUGGUCUCGGUGCGCUGCAAAUUUUCAAAGGAGGCAGCUGCAAGCGCUGAGACAGUUGGCCCAAAAUGCAGAAGUGUCCAACCUGGAGGAAACUUUGGUCUUUGCGUUGGGGUGGGGCUCUGCUGUGGGAAGAGAGCCCUGUGGCGAGCUGUGGGGAAACCCUCACAGCUGCUGAGCUUGAGCUGCUUUUUCAGGUACUCAUAGUACAGGUAGAGGAGCCCUCUGUCCUUACACAGACCUUGCCAGUGCUGUUUCUCAGACAUGCACCAGAACAAAGGCAGUCACUGCGAGCAUAAGCAGGUAAGUCUUGGCCCGUUCUCCCUCACCGUUUUAUCCAGGGGUAAGUGAAUGCACUGGGUGCCAGGCCCUGUCCCCGAUGGCAAUGGUUAGCGGUGUCAGUGGGUGCGCAGCACACAGGGCACAGCGCUCAGAACUGCUGUGAGGUUGUACGGGUGCUCUGGUGAGACGCUGCCCUGCCUCGAGGAGCCCUGCAGGGACUGAGCAGCCUCCUGGGACAGAAAGCAGGGCUGCAGAAGAGGCGGUGCUGCUCACAUGGGAGCGGAGAAAGGAUUCUGCUGCCAACGGGACCUGCCCUAAGGGAGCGAACUUUUGGCCCUGGAUCCCUGUUCAGCAUCCAGCGCCCUGCCCCGCUGGUCCUGCUCCAGGGGCUGUAGACAUCAGUCUCUGGAGAAGUGGAGUAAGUGAAACAAAAGUGCUUAAGAUGCUAGACACACGGUUGGUUCCUGUCUCGUCUUUUUUUCUAUUAGCCUGUCUCCCUCUCAUUAAGUCACAUGGAGAAAAAGCUGAUGUACUCCAUGGCAUAGCUGACAGUAUCGAAUCGAUCAUGACAACACUAGUUGGUUACCAGUGUUUCUUCCAAGGAGACGUAUAUUUUUAAUAAACAGAGAGUUGCAAAGAA